GGUAGUCGGCGGUGGCCGGAGCGCGGAGCGGAGCGGAGCAGCGCGGAGCGGAGCCGCUGCCUCGCCCCGUCCCGCACCCGGAGACAGAGAGAGAAAGGGGCGGGGGGAGAGAGGGGGUAAAAAAAAAACCUUAAAACAGCAAAAUAAAAAAAAAAAAGAGGGGCGAAUUCUCUGGCUUGAGCUCGCCCCCGGAGGGACCGAGGGGAGAUUCGCAUCCCUCCUCCUCCUUCUCCCCGCACCGGCCGCAGGGGAGAGGCGCGGGAGUUGCGGGGACAACAUGGGCCGAGGGGCUGCGAGGAGCCGCUGUCCCCCGCGCCUGGAGCGGUGGCUGUUGCUGCUGCUGCUGGGGCUCUGCCGAUGGACGGCUGCGCUGCGAGGCAAUGAUAACAGUGAAGCCCUUCCAGAGUCUAUCCCAUCUGCUCCUGGAACACUGCCUCAUUUUAUGGAAGAACCAGAUGAUGCCUACAUUAUAAAAAGCAACCCCAUUGUCUUACGCUGUAAAGCUAUGCCAGCUAUGCAGAUUUUCUUCAAGUGCAAUGGUGAAUGGGUCCAUCAAAACGAGCACGUGUCUGAGGAAAGCAUGGAUGAGGCUACAGGAUUGAAGGUUCGGGAGGUGUUCAUCAAUGUGACGAGACAGCAGGUGGAAGAUUUUCAUGGCCCAGAAGAUUACUGGUGUCAGUGUGUUGCAUGGAGCCAUCUAGGGACCUCGAAGAGCAGGAAGGCAUCUGUCCGCAUAGCUUAUUUACGGAAGAACUUUGAGCAAGACCCCCAAGGGAAGGAGGUUCCCAUCGAAGGGAUGAUCGUCCUGCACUGCCGGCCACCCGAGGGAGUCCCUGCAGCUGAGGUGGAAUGGCUAAAGAACGAGGAGCCCAUAGAUUCCAACCUGGAUGAGAACAUUGACACCAGAGCAGACCACAACCUCAUCAUUCGACAGGCACGUCUGUCUGACUCGGGCAACUACACCUGCAUGGCUGCCAACAUCGUUGCCAAGAGAAGGAGCAUGUCUGCCACAGUCGUGGUGUACGUUAAUGGAGGCUGGUCGUCGUGGACCGAGUGGUCCAACUGCAACGCACGCUGUGGCCGGGGCUGGCAGAAGCGAUCCCGGACCUGCACCAACCCUGCUCCGCUCAACGGAGGUGCUUUUUGUGAAGGGAUGUCCGUGCAGAAGAUCACCUGCACUUCUCUGUGCCCCGUGGAUGGAAGCUGGGAGGUGUGGAGCGAGUGGUCUGUGUGCAGCCCGGAGUGCGAGCACCUGCGGGUUCGGGAAUGCAUCGCGCCACCUCCCCGCAACGGGGGCAAGUACUGCGAGGGCGUGAGCCAGGAGUCGGAGAACUGCACGGAAGGGCUCUGCAUUCAAGAUAAAAAACCUCUUCAUGAAAUAAAAUCCCAAAAUAUCGAGACUGCCAGUGACAUCGCCCUGUACUCUGGCCUGGGAGCCGCAGUCAUUGCUGUCGCCGUGCUGGUGGUUGGCGUCACCCUGUACAGGCGGAGUCAGAGUGAGUACGGCGUGGAUGUGAUUGAUUCAUCUGCACUGACAGGAGGCUUCCAGACAUUUAAUUUUAAAACAGUCAGACAAGGUAACUCCCUGCUCUUGAACUCGUCCAUGCAGCCUGACCUGACGGUGAGCAGGACGUACAGCGGGCCCAUCUGCCUGCAGGACCCCAUGGACAAGGAGCUGAUGACAGAGUCUUCACUGUUCAACCCACUGUCAGACAUCAAAGUCAAAGUUCAGAGUUCAUUCAUGGUGUCCCUAGGGGUGACAGAGAGGGCCGAGUACCAUGGAAAGGCGCAUUCUGGAACGUUUCCUCAUGGGAAUAAUAGAGCUUUUGGUACAAUACAGGCUAGAAACAAGGCUACGUACAUUCAGAACCUGUCUUCUAUUUCAACCACAAGUGAGCUGAAGACAACUGCUAUUUUUGGACACCUGGGUGGCCGUUUAGUGGUUCCAAACACAGGCGUCAGUUUGCUGAUACCACAUGGAGCAAUUCCUGAAGAGAGUUCGUGGGAAAUCUACCUUGCCAUCACUCAAAAGGAAUCCAGCCUACAGCCAGAGGGCACGGAUGUUCUUCUAGGACCAGAAGUGACGUGCGGGCCCUCGGAGGUGGCUGUGAGCACCCCCUUUGCCCUGACCAUACCGCACUGCGCACAGGUCAACUCAGAGCACUGGAACAUUCACCUGAAGAAACGGACACAGCAAGGAAAAUGGGAGGAAGUGAUGUCUGUGGAAGAGGAAACUACUUCUUGCUACUGCCUCUUGGAUCCUUAUGCCUGUCACAUUCUCUUAAACAGCUUUGGAACUUAUGCUCUUAUUGGAGAACCGAUCUCUGAGUGUGCCGUUCGACAGCUGAAAGUCGCCGUUUUUGGCUGCCUGUCUUGCAAUUCUCUGGAUUACAAUCUGAGAGUGUAUUGUAUGGAUAACACACCUUGUGCAUUUCAGGAAGUGGUUUCAGAUGAAAGACUCCAAGGAGGACAAUUACUGGAGGAACCCAAACUUUUGCAUUUCAAAGGGAAUACCUUCAGUCUUCAGAUAUCUGUCCUCGACAUCCCUCCAUUCCUCUGGAGGAUUAAACCAUUUACUGCAUGUCAGGAGGUGCCGUUCUCCCGUGUGUGGUGCAGCAGCCCCAAGCCUCUGCACUGCGCCUUCUCCCUGGAGCGCUACAGCCCGGCCACCACGCAGCUGGCCUGCAAGGUCUGCGUGCGGCAAGUCAAGGGGCACGAGCAGGUCCUGCAGAUCCAGACCUCCAUUCUUGAGAAUGAAAGAGAAACCAUCACUUUCUUUGCACAUGAUGACAGCAACUUUCCUGCACAGAUGGGCCCGAAAGCAUUUAAAAUCCCCUACUCCAUCAGGCAACGGAUCUGUGCAACGUUUGACACACCCAACGCCAAAGGCAAAGACUGGCAGAUGUUAGCACAAAAGAACAGCAUUAACAGGAAUCUCUCCUAUUUUGCUACACAAAGCAGUCCAUCUGCCGUCAUUCUGGACCUCUGGGAAGCCCGACAUCAACACGACGGUGACCUUGACUCCCUAGCCUGUGCCCUGGAAGAAAUAGGAAGGACACACUCCAAAAUCUCGGACAUAACAGAAACUGAGGUCGAGGAGCCCGACUUCAACUACAGCAGGCAAAAUGGACUUUAGUUACUCUCUCCAUUCAAGAACUGACGGCCAGCUUUGACUAUGACACUAGAGAUUCUCUUUGGCAGGGAGGAAAUAAGGGUUUCUGCACAUCAGGGUCUGUAUGGAAACAGACACUCAGUUCCACAAUGCAGUUUUCAGUUGGAGGAGCAGAAGCAGCUCUAUUUAAAAAAUCCUCUCAAUAAUAAGGAAAACACAAGCUUCUCCCUGUCCUCUCUCAUUUAAAAACCAUGGUUUAAUGUCAAAAACAAAACUACGCAUCUGGCAUUCCUGGGGCAGGAAGGAAUGAGACACAGAGCCAUAAAAGGUAAAUAUUAUGACAUAAUUUAUCACAUAAUGUCAUGAAUAUUAUGACAUUUCAGGAAACAGUAAUGCUGAUAUAAAGCCUAGAGGAAAUCAUUGAAUAUGAUAUGGAAUAUUUGAAGCCACUAGAGGUUAAUCCUGGUUUAAAGAUUUGGCUUCUUGGGGCCUGGAGCCCCCUUUGUCCUGCAGCUCCAACUUACCACACUUAGAGUGGGUUUAAGAUGCCAUUCAACAGCAUCAGUUGUCCCUUUGUAUCUGCUACAGGAAAACUGAGAAUCUGGCCACCUCCCGUUCACAUGUUUGAGGAAUUAGAGGAUCUUGUAACUCUUUAAUUGAUAUCAUGUGUAUUCCGACCAGUUCCUUUUAAACAUUCAGUCGCUUAAUGAAUGUACUGCUGCUGCAGAGCUUUCCUGCUUGGUCUGUUAACAAAGGAACAGAACAAACCCCUCCUCUGUGGAAUUAGUGUGUGCCUGAGAGAGAUUUUCUCAAGUUCUCGGUCUGCAAAUGUUCAUUUAGUCCAAAAAUGUUUCUUCGGGGGUGGAUUUAAAUAACCAAAAAACACACGGGAAAUCACCAGCCCUAUUUUAGCAAGUUUACACAUUUUUUGCUUACUUUAGGUACUGAGGCUAAACUAAAAAGUCAAGGUGAAGUCAAUCAAUCAGCACAGCUUAAUUUUGGUUUGGUUUCAGACUGAAACAAUCAACCCCACAGGGUCCUGCCAAAAAUGGGCUUCAUUCCAUUGGAAACCUGGAAAUCUCACAGGAUGUGAAGCUUGGCUGCGUUGUUACACGUGGUUUAGUUACAAACAUGGCAUUUACCACCAGAUUUACCCAGAAUCUAGCUAGAGAAUGCUCCUCAUUUUUUAUCCAUUUCAUACAAGAAUAAUUUAUUACUUCAACUGAACCAAAAAGAGCUGUCACUGUGAGCGAGUGGGACUGGUACUCAGCCAAAUUUAACUAUUAGUUUUACUUUACUUAUAUAUUCUUUAAAAUGAACCAAGGCGCUCCAGCCCUGGGCUGUCAGUGUUGGUGAGAGGAACACCAUCAGUAUAAAGCAGGAACAAACCCAAGAUUUUAGGAGCUUUAUGGAAAUGCAAGGAAUGGAAAACAAGCACUCUGGGUUUUUUCCCCUGUAUUUGGCCAAGAGCAGCACGAUAGGCCACAGGGUAGGUACUCAGUGUGCAAAUCUGUAAUAAUCUGAACCCGUUUCCUUACCCAGGUUCCAGUCCUGAAAGGUUAUGAUGAACUACUCUUGAUUUAAACCUUUGCUUGUUCUUGCUGCUCUAAAACUGCAAAUCUCAUUGCUUGCCCUGCUCAGCAGGCUGGAAUAGUGUUAGACUUACAAAUACUUAAGACUUCCCUCAACAUUUUCUGCACUUUAGUAUUUCAUGCAGCCUGACAUGAGAGUUCCUGUUUGCAGUGGGAAAUUAUAAUGGCUGUAAGCAUAUUUGCGGCUGAGACAAAAAUACCUGCUGCUUUGGCUGCAAGCUGUCACUGUUUUCAGCAGCACAUGGUUCUAUCUGUGUUUGAAUUAUAUUUCUAGUGACUUCCAGUCCUCCUCCUCAGAAACCUGUUCUUCAUUGGACAAAAUGUCAGGAAUUAAGUAAAAAUAGGGAAUGGCAUCCACAGAGAAGCGACGGAGCUUUAGUGAGCUGUGGUUGUCUGGGAAACCAGCUCCAGGUUUAACUGCGCUCUCGGGCAGUUAAUUUGUGCUCAGCUUCUCCUCAGAUGCAGUUUUAAUUUUCAAACUAGCUUCUGUUCCCUAGCACAGCAGAGAGCAAAGCACCACCCUGCACGUGCUGGGACAUACUCGUGUCAUUCCAAAGAGCUGCCUGUAUCCCCUCGUUUUCCCAAUGUGAGCUACACCCAAGACCUGGGGUCUUGGUUUUGUGGGUUUGUGACAGAGCUGAGCACAGAGCUUCAACCCAAAAGCUGUAUCUCAGGAAACGCACGGUGUUCACUUCCAAGACUUAGGCAGCUUUGAGAAACCUCCAUGUACAGAGACACCCCAUGCUGCCUAUGGAAUGCUCAGCAAGGCCCAGAGAGAGAGAAACCAGCAGCUGGCCAGGCUGACCUCCUCUGAAGUACAUCCAAAGGGGCCUUCAGAGGGAAGGGCUCUGGGUUGGACACCAAAUCCCAGUUAGACACAAAAAUCCCAUCAAGCCUAGUGUCUGCAUUAACCUACUGAAAAGGAAUAGAUGUCAAAGUUGCUUACAAUGCUAGAAAAGAAACCCUUCAGUCUGGGGACUGAGGUAAGAUUACAGUUCUGUGUCACUCAGUGGACUGUUGUUGUUUCCCUUUAGGUUUUGAUUCCUGUCUUCACCUUUGCUAAAGCAGCAGCUUUGUUACUGAUACUAUUUUUUGUGACUCUGAAUCAAAAACUCUUGGUUUUAUUCUAACCUCUUCUUGUUUUGAUGCUCUUGUACUGUUUAAGUGGAUUGGAAAUAUCACAAUACUACCAAUUUACCUUCCUCCCACUGGAAUGGGGUUUGAAACACUAACCAAACCAUGCUAACAGGAGCUUAUCCAGCUGUACACCCAGAGUUCUACAAGAACUGCCAUACUGUCAGGUGAAAAUCCAUGUAGUCCUGUGUGGUAUCCCUAAUAGGGACCAGGAAACAGUAUAAGUAAUAUGCCCUGUACUAAGGGAAUUGCUCAGCAGGGAGUUGCAUCUGAACCACUGUGUCUAAGAACCACUGAUACUGUCCUCCAAAAACUUGACUGAUCCCUUUAGAUCCCACUGAAACACUUGGCCUUCAUGAGCGCUAUCCAGGAGAAACAAGUGCCACGACCAUCUCUUGUGUUCUUUAAACAGCCCUUCCUUUCCAAGCUUCCUUUUGUUUAUCACGUGCUGCCUGACCAUUGCACUAGGUUCCCCUCGUCCUGCGUAACCAGGAUACCAAGUAACCGCUGCUGAAUCACCUUGUCCAUCCUUCAGCAGGCUUCUCUCACCCAUCGUUCCCACUCACACUCUUGUGCAGACAGAAAACCUCUUGUCUGUUCUAAUCUGGACAUCCUUGCUGUUAUUGCUAGGUAGUAACUGAACAAUAAGAAAUGGAAACCUGGGAGUGGAAAAAUAGGCUCCAGGUUUUUCCUGUUCCCUUUGUAGCUGGUGAGGACCUGAUGGGUCUGGGUAGACCUGCCUGGUUUUGGAUGCUCCUUCUGCUGUUUGGCAUGGGUGGCACUGGAGGAUGCUGACAGCACUUGGCACUUCCAGCGGCUUAUGCCACUUCUCCUCUCUUUUUAUGCAGAGUUUUAGAGAUGGAGAAAUUAAAAUGCUUUUAAGGUAAAUGUUUCUGCUGCCAUGUAAGUCAGGCAGCCACAUGGGUUUUGUUACCAUUAACAGAGCUAAACAAUACACGUAAAAGGUGUUAAAUGUUUGUCUCCUAUUUGCUACAUUAGAAAGCAACUGACUUUUGCCAGCUCCCCACGAGCCUGCUCUAAGUAUGCUUUGCAAUAUAGUAUUUUCUCAGAAUAAAUCAGAAUUUCUAUUCCAGUGCUAUAAAUAAAUUAUUAGCAAUCUUAAAAUUCCAGAAGCACAUUUUUAACAUCUAUAUUAAAAAGAUUUUUUGGAAAUCUGUAUCCAUAUAUGUGUUGAUACGAUCCAAAACCCAGCAGUAAAGGAGCAUCUAAAACAGCAUUAGAGGCCAGGAAUUAAAAAUGUAUUCCCUUCCUCUAGUUCCUACAUUAUGACUUUUGAAAAAGUAUUCUUAAGGGCUCUUCACAAGCUAUAAAGAUGUUAUGUUACCCCAUGAGAUUCCAUCCUGCAGCCCCGGGUGCCAUAUGGGGGAAUGGCCACUGUGAUUUCACAUCACUAAAGGACCUGCUCGAGCAUGUUUUCAUCCUCAGCCCUUCUCCUGGAUACUCCUGUGCUGUGAGUCAUUCAGGAUCCAGCCGAAGAGUUGCAUUUGAAAACUGACUUACAGUUUCUCACCAAACUGGGGCACUUCACAGCUCUGCCAGACUGCAGCAUCCUAAAGCUCAUUUACAGUCUCACCACACUGCUUUUGCACAGUCUUGCUGGUUUACAUUAGAAUCCUUUCAAGCCGCCAGGAAAGGAGUCCUGCUCUGCAGAGUUAAAUUCAACCUUCAUCUAUCUACCAGUGCAAGACCUGUAAAACCCAGAUGGACUCCCACAGAAAUUUUACUGGGCUUUUUGUGAUAGAUGAACAGAGAUCAAUAAUUCUCUUCAAAUAUAGGGCACCAUCUUUGUUAUUAUCAUCAGCUCUGGCAAGAGCUGCUCUCCUCCUCCACAGGCCUGUGCACAGGUUGCCUUCAGCAGGUGAAGAGAGAAGCUUACUCAGUGUAAAUCACUACAACAGGGAUGUUGUCACUGGACAGAGUCUUGAGUGACAUGGUCUAGAGUGAGGUGUCCCUGCCCAUGGAUGAUCUUAAGGUCCUUUCCAGCCCAAACCUUUCUGUGAUUCUAUGGCUGUGGUAGUAGCAGCAUCCUAAAGGUGCAUUUUUGGUUUUAAUUCAAAGAUAGCACUAUGUGAGAGUUUUAAAACGUUCAGUAACUGAUCAAUUCCAGGGAAUAUUCUCCACUACAAAAAAUACAGCUUAUGCAUAUAGUGCAGCUAAAACAGGUGAGGAACUGUUGUGGGAUUCUGUUUGUGAUUGGAAUUUAUCCCUCCCCCCCCACUCUGUUUCUGCCUUUAAAGCACAGAUAAAGGCAAAGAGCUGCAUUCUUUUUCUUGGGUUGUAAUUAACUGAGUGGAAACCAGGAAAUUAUUUCUGAGUCCUUCACAACUGUGAAUCAUCUGAUGAUUUCUCUUUCUAGCCUUUCUUUUCCUAAUCUGAAUUAUUCCUAGGAAGUUCUCCCACUUUUCCCACAGCAGAGGACAUGGUUAACAUUCUUCACUGAGAACCUUUCCCAUGUCGAACCUACUGAAGAAUGUUUUCCAGCAGCUGUGGUUUGUGGGAUGUGCUUUGGUAAAAUUACUCCCUUGACACUAUUCCUGCUUCAGAAGAGGCAGCGUGUGGAAUGGCAUGUGUAUCCUUCCUUGGAUAGCUAAUGAUUGUCUAGUUAAAAUUCUUAAAGCAUAAAGGAUUCCUGAGCAAACACAGUAACUCAAAGUACUAGCUCUAGAACACACACAGUACCUGUAGCAACAACUAAAACUCGAUAUGCUGGCAAAAGAUCACGAAUCAUUUCCUAGUAACACACAGUCUAGCUCUUUUCUCUCAUCGCCAAUACUAGCAUAAACAGCAGCAAAAAUCUCCUUUCCAUCAUGGACAAAGGUAAAUAAACCACUCUAAGAUUAAAGAAUCACUUGGAGGAGCAUCUGAUAGUGACAGCGUCCACAAUGCAGAAAACAGAACCGACGUUCUACUGCCGCAAGUUAAACCUGUCAGUGUCCAUGUUCACUGUUCUGUCCAAAAAGAACAUAAAUGUCUAGGAAUUUGCCACUAUUUUUUGUAUUAGAGGUGAAUAGUACAAAUUCUACUAGUGUUUCUUGUCUGGGGCUUGGGUGGGUAGGGGUGUAUUGUAAUUUUCAAGCUAUUGCAAAAGCUGCUUUUAAAUAAGCUGUUCAGUUGUAUUGACUGGUUUGUGCUUUCCAAGGGAAUCCAGGCGAGCCGGGGUUCGGGGGUAGCCUCCUUGCCUUGCUGUCACAGGGUAACUAGAGCUGAAGUCACUUGUGAAAACUUAGCUAAGGGAUGUGGUGAUUAGGCACCCGUCCCUGAUCUGUGAUGUAGUGUACUGUAAUCUAAUGAGGUUAGACACUCACCUACUGUAGAGCCGUGGUUUUGUCAGCAGCUACUUAGUCUGUCUGCCCCUGGUGUGAUAACCUUGGUUGAGAAUGUACUUCUGCAGAUUUAAGAUGAUGUCAAACCCCUGUGUUAUCUGGUCUCUGUAUAUAAAUAUUAUUGUCUAAUCCCAAAAGGAAAUGUGUAGCACAAAAUGAAGUUAAGGGUGUUCUGCACCAAGCCUGGUUAAAGUUUUUGCUGACACAGCAGGAGGGGGAAGACAUGGAUCUAACAGUGAUGUCUGCUACAGGCAACCAGAACGUUUCCUACCACAUCCACACUUAGAACUGACUGAAGCUUUGGUUUUGCAGUUUAAAAAAAAUAUAAGACCUGGUAUUUCCCAUACUGAAAUUUGGAAUAUGAACCUUACAGUGAUGGUAUCUUUUCAAGCAAUUCCUUCAGUUUUCCCCUAUUUGUGCACUGAAGUUGGAGGGAGGAAUAUUUUUACAUGAAGCUGUAGACUUUUGCAUUCUUUCCACUUUCAAUCUAAAGCCCAGAUCCCAUUAUUGAACCUCACACAGUUCCCCAAUCCAUCAGUAUCACACACACACAGACAGAUAUGCCUUACUGGGGAUGUGGCAUAUACAUACUUCUGGUAUAUAGUUGGGAACAGCCAACUGACAUCGUAGAAUGGUGACUCGGGAGAUGUAGCUGCCUCCUCUUGACUAAAUUCAUACCCACUAUGACUCUGCUGAUCUCAGUUCAUACAUGGUACAAGAACAUCAAGUGUACACCUCUUGUUGAUUUGGAAGUAAGAUGUGAUGCUGGUCAGUUGGUGGGAUUUCAAACAGUGGUAUGCAUGACUAGAGCUAACUAACUGCAACAUUGCUAUUGCAACCUUCAACACUUCUGAUCAGCCUUUAGGUGAAGGGGGAACUUCAACCUAAGCAACUACAAAAUUAAUACUAAUUUCUUUUAAACAAGGGAAAACCCACAAGUAUUCCUCUAGAGACCAACCUUCUCUUCUGCUCCUUUAUUUUAGCAGUGAAUGGGUUCUGACAAUGCUGGUUUGGGCUCAGCUGACUGAGCGUUCUUCCCUCCCCCCGCUUUCAGUGUGUUUAGAACUGAAAAAAGAGCAGAGGUUUGAAUGCUUUCUUGAGUAUGAAGCUGAAGGAGUAGGGAAGAGAGACAGAAGAACAUGAAAUAAAAAGCAUGGCCUUGGCUUCAUACCACACUUUCUGUGCCUUGUUCUAUCAAUGUAAAUUCUGAAUGUUGUACAGUAAAAUACUUGGGAAAGACUCCUUGGAAAAGGCUGCACUGGCUUCUUUUUUCAGCACAUGUACAUAUAUAAAUAUAUAUACAUAUAUAUAUUUGGUAAUGCCAAACAGCUGUGUUAUAUUGUACUGAAAAAGUAAUAAUGGACAGUUUGGAUGUUUUCUGUAGAGUUUGCAAAUCCUGUAUGGCUAUGGCCUUUUGGAGAUAAAUGUACAGACGUAAAUUACUGCAUAUCAGUUAUUUAUGAAUAAAGAGUCUUUUACUGACAUCUUCGA